GUAUCGGACCCCGAAGAUGCUAAGAUGUCUUCGAUUAUGGAAAAGGACUCCGACGAGGAUGGGAUUCGAACCCACGCGUGCAGAGCACAAUGGAUUAGCAGUCCAUCGCCUUAACCACUCGGCCAAAAAUACCUCGUCCUAUAGCACUCUGUCCAUGCCAUUACGUUUUUCGUCGUCAGUGUCAAACCUCAGAUUAAAGAUGGUGGACUCCCAGUACUACCUCCCAAAUGACAUUGGUGUCUCUGCUCUUGACUGCACUGAGGCCUUUCGUCUGCUUUCAAAUAAGGAGAAGAUGUACUCCCACUACCUGUCACGCGCCGCCUGGUAUGGAGGUCUGGCAGUGCUUCUGCAGACAUCCCCAGAGUCGGCAAAAAUCUUUGUCUUGCUGCAGAAGAUCUUCAGGAAGCAGACGCCUGCACAGCUGGAACAGGUCGCCACGACAGCUGGACUCAGCCCUGAGGAGUACCAGGCGUUCUUGGUAUAUGCAGCUGGUCUGUAUGCCAACAUGGGAAACUACAAGUCUUUUGGAGACACCAAGUUCAUCCCGAAUCUACCCAAGGACAAGCUGAAAGCUCUAGUGAAGGCCAGCCAGGCGUUCCAGGAUCAGCCCGCUGAGAUGGAGGCUCUGUGGGACAGCUGCUCGUGUCUCCUCUUCUCCCUGGAAGACAGACAGAAGCAGCUGGGGCUGGGCGACAAGGGAAUUACCACCUACUUCUCAGGAAACUGCUCUCUGGAGGAUGCUGAGCUGGCUCAGAGGUUUCUUGACUCGAAAAAACUGUCGGCUUACAACACCCGCCUGUUUAAGAGGGAAAAAGAAGGAAAAGCCUGCUAUGAGGUGCGCCUGGCCUCAGCUGUGCAGAAAGACUGCGCAGUGGAGGGAGAAUGUGAGACAAGCUGCGGCAGCUUCAACUUUGAAGACAAAGAAUUCACUGUGAAGAGAGGAGACUAUGCUCCUCUCAUGGAGAAGGUCUCCUUUUACCUCCAAAAAGCACAGGCUUAUGCUGCCAAUGAGAACCAGAGAAAGAUGCUCGAAGAGUACGCUCGCAGCUUCACUUCAGGCUCAGUGGACGCCCAUAAAGAAGGCUCCCGCUACUGGAUCAAAGACAAGGGACCAAUUGUCGAGAGUUAUAUAGGUUUCAUAGAGAGCUACAGAGACCCAUUCGGCUCCAGAGGAGAGUUUGAAGGUUUCAUUGCUGUUGUGAACAAGGCGAUGAGCGAGCGCUUUUCCAAACUGGUGAGCUCUGCAGAAGUCCUGCUCCCUGAGCUGCCUUGGCCGAAGGAGUUUGAGAAAGACACUUUCCUCAAACCCGACUUCACCUCUCUGGAUGUCCUCACCUUCGCUGGCAGCGGAAUACCCGCCGGCAUCAACAUCCCCAACUACGAUGACAUCAGACAGUCAGAGGGAUUUAAAAACGUGUCUCUAGGCAACGUGCUUUCUGUAGCCUAUGCUACUCAAAAAGAAAAACUCACCUUCCUGCAGGAGGAGGACAAGGAUUUGUUCAUCAAGUGGAAAGGCCCAUCCUUCGAGGUGCAGGUUGGACUUCAUGAGCUGCUGGGCCAUGGCAGUGGCAAGCUGUUGGUCCAGGAUGACGAGGGCAAAUUCAACUUUGACAAGAGUAAGGUGACCAACCCAGAGACUGGAGAGCCGGUUACCAGUUGGUAUCGUGGCAGUGAGACGUGGGACAGUAAAUUCUCCACCAUUGCUUCCUCUUAUGAAGAAUGCCGUGCCGAGUGUGUGGGACUCUACCUGUGUCUCAUCAAGAAAGUGCUCAGUAUCUUUGGCAAUGAGGGCCAGGAUGCGGAGGACGUGGUGUACAUCAACUGGCUGAGCAUGGUCCGAGCUGGACUGUUGGGCCUGGAGUUCUACACACCUGAGAGCAAGAGCUGGAGACAGGCUCACAUGCAGGCCCGUUUCGUGAUCCUGCGCGUCCUGCUGGAGGCGGGGGAGGGGCUGGUGGGCCUGGAGGAGCUGACGGGGCCCGACGGCAAGCCCGACGCUCAGAUCACACUCGACAGGAGCAAGAUCCACACUGUGGGCAAGGACGCCAUCCACAGGUUCCUCUGCAAACUGCAGGUGCUAAAGGCAACAGCCGAUGUGGAAGGGGGCCGUGCUCUCUAUGACGGAUACUCCACGGUCAGCGAAGGCGGUCCUCACAACUUCAUGCGCCUCCGGGAGACGGUCCUGCUGAGGAAGGAAGCUCGUAAGAUGUUUGUCCAGGCCAACACCAACAUCAAUGGGGACAGCGUAGAGCUGAAGGAGUACGAAGGCAGCGCGGCAGGUUUGAUCUGCUCCUUCACUGAGCGUUUCCAAGACGACGCCGAGAAGCUGGAGGCCGACCUUCUGGACCUGUGCAAAAAAGACUUCCCCUGCUGGUGUUGAUGGAUGGUCUGCUUCUAGAGCUUCAAUAAUACCAACUGUAAUCCGUUUUUUUUUGUAUUGUAUGUAAACGCAAUUUGAAUCCUAAUGGAUGUCAAGCUAAUUGGAAGACGCUUCUGAAGAGAACAAAUUAAAGCUUCAUAAUAUAAACUAAAGCCAUAGGACAAGAACAUAUCUGCCAAAGACAACAUCCACAGUUUCUAGCCACGACUCAGACCCAAUGUCAGGUGCUUUCUUUGAAUAUAUAUAUACGAUCAAAUACACAUAAGAGCUGAUACAACACCAUCACUCUUUUUGAUGCAUUUAGGACACAUUUUUCUAAUCAGAAGUAUUGUGAGCUGUCUAUUAAACCAAUGCUGCCUGACAAUAAACAUGUUCCUGGGAAUAGACGUUUAUGCAAGUGGCUGGAGGUAGGUUGCACUUUCUAAAUGGCAAGGUUAAAAUUGGGUUGAAUAGUUUUUUUUGUCUAGCCUUGCUGUUGACAAUUUCAAAGGUAUUCACAGUUAAAUUACAGAUCAAUGUUGACUUGACUGCAAAAUCAUUUUUUUUAAAUGGUACCCGGUUGGUCAUUGUGGAUUACUUGAGUGUAUAAAAUAUUGCUGUGUUUGGAAGGCCUAAAAAAUGUGGAAAUGUCGUGUUGAAUCUGCACAAAUAAAAUGUGUUAGGUAUGA